AUGUUCUCGACCGCCAAGAUUGCCUCGGCUCUGGCCUUGAGCUCCCUCGCCAGCGGAAUGGCGCUCAACCACAAGCGUGCCGCGGAGACCGGUGUCCAACUCUAUGUCUAUGGCUCUGGAUAUGGAACUCCCUUGACCUAUGCCGAUGGCUUCGCCUACUUCGGUCGCACUUCCCCGGCCGAUGCUGUCGUAUCAACCAACAUCACCUUCACUCUCGACAACGCCGUUGUCUCGGUUCCAUGGACCAUCGCGGCCAACUCCUCCACCGUCUCCUUCACCUCAGACCUCUCCAUGUACAUCAUCCCAUCGAAUGGCUCUUUCGCUCCAGUUGGUUUCUCCACUGCCGCCGAUCUCCCCACCGGGGCUGUCAACUCUGGCUUCACCUUUUAUGGAAGGACCGUCUCUUAUGUGACGCCAAGCUCGCUCGACUACCAGAUGAACUUUUGGGCCAACGCAACUACCACGCCAUACGUGUACGCCCUGUACUGGAAAUCCAAAUCGGCAACUGUCCCUUCCACGGCUUUCCCUGUGGUCGUCAAGAGCACCUCCCCAACUUUCCUGAUCUAA